CGGCGCGAGGAGCAGGCGGAGGGGGAGGAGGGCAACCGCGGGGAGGCCGGCCGCGCGCGUGGUGGCGGCGGCGGCGCGGGCGACCCGAGCCGAGGCGGAGUGGGGCGAGCGGGAGGGGCGGCGCAGGGGAGCGAGAGCCGCAUUUCCCGUCCCCAACUCCGCGCCCGGAGUUUGUAGAUGGGGCUGCGCGGCGGCGCCUGCGGCUGAAGGAGAGCGGCGGCGGCGGCGGCGGGCGAGAGGACCGGCGGCGGCGGCGGCUCCGAGGCGGCCGAGGUGCGAGCCGCAGAAAUGCAGCAAGUGUUGGAUAACCUUACGGAGCUUCCCUCAUCUACGGGAGCAGAAGAGAUAGACCUAAUUUUCCUCAAGGGGAUUAUGGAGAAUCCAAUCGUAAAAUCACUUGCUAAGGCUCAUGAGAGACUAGAAGAUUCAAAACUAGAAGCUGUCAGUGACAAUAACUUGGAAUUAGUCAAUGAAAUUCUUGAAGAUAUCACUCCUCUAAUCAAUGUGGAUGAGAACGUGGCAGAACUGGUUGGUAUACUCAAAGAGCCCCACUUCCAGUCACUCUUGGAAGCCCAUGAUAUUGUGGCAUCAAAGUGUUAUGACUCACCUCCAUCAAGCCCGGAAAUGAAUAAUUCUGUUAAUAAUCAGUUAUUACCAGUAGAUGCCAUCCGUAUUCUUGGUAUUCACAAAAGAGCGGGGGAGCCAUUGGGUGUAACCUUUAGGGUUGAAAAUAAUGACCUGGUAAUCGCCCGAAUCCUUCAUGGAGGCAUGAUAGAUCGACAAGGUCUGCUCCAUGUGGGAGAUAUCAUUAAAGAAGUCAAUGGCCACGAGGUUGGAAACAAUCCAAAGGAAUUACAAGAAUUACUCAAAAAUAUUAGUGGAAGUGUCACCCUAAAAAUCUUACCAAGCUAUAGAGAUUCCAUUAUUCCUCAACAGAGUGGCAUCAGUAUGGAGAGGCAUCCAGCCCACGUCCGUCAGGUAUUUGUGAAAUGUCAUUUUGAUUAUAACCCAUACAACGAUAACCUGAUUCCCUGCAAAGAAGCAGGAUUGAAGUUUUCAAAAGGAGAAAUUCUUCAGAUUGUAAACAGAGAAGAUCCAAAUUGGUGGCAGGCUAGCCACGUAAAAGAGGGAGGAAGCGCUGGCCUCAUUCCAAGCCAGUUCCUGGAAGAGAAGAGAAAGGCAUUUGUUAGAAGAGACUGGGACAAUUCAGGGCCUUUUUGUGGAACCCUAAGUAGCAAAAAAAAGAAAAAGAUGAUGUAUCUCACCACCAGAAAUGCAGAAUUUGACCGUCAUGAAAUCCAGAUCUACGAGGAGGUCGCCAGAAUGCCUCCCUUCCAGAGAAGGACAUUAGUGUUAAUAGGAGCUCAGGGUGUGGGACGAAGGAGCUUGAAAAACAGGUUCAUAGUGUUGAAUCCCACUAGAUUUGGAACCACGGUGCCAUUUACCUCAAGGAAACCAAGGGAAGAUGAAAAAGAUGGCCAGGCAUAUAAGUUCGUGUCACGGUCUGAGAUGGAAGCAGAUAUUAAAGCUGGAAAAUAUUUGGAACAUGGGGAAUAUGAAGGAAAUCUCUAUGGAACCAAGAUUGACUCUAUUCUUGAAGUUGUCCAAACUGGACGAACUUGCAUUUUGGAUGUCAACCCACAAGCCCUGAAGGUGCUGAGGACAUCGGAGUUCAUGCCCUACGUUGUCUUCAUCGCUGCUCCAGAGCUGGAGACGUUGCGCGCCAUGCACAAAGCUGUGGUGGACGCUGGCAUUGCUACCAAGCUUUUGACGGACUCUGACUUGAAGAAAACAGUGGAUGAAAGUGCACGAAUUCAGAGAGCAUACAACCACUAUUUUGAUUUGAUCAUCGUAAACGACAAUCUAGACAAAGCCUUUGAGAAACUACAAACUGCCAUAGAGAACCUGAGAAUGGAGCCACAGUGGGUCCCCAUCAGCUGGGUGUACUGAUGAGUCAAUAAGGUUCACAAUUAAAAUGCAGCUUUUAGAAAGUGACGACAGCAAAUAAACUUACUACUGGGAAAACGCGUGCACGGAGAUGUCUGCGAGGCCAGGCCUUUUUACCAUAGAUUGAAAUGCCAGUACACUCUUCCGAAUUUUUAUAGACAGUGUGGCUGGGAAGGGGUACUAAUAUAUAAUUUAUCUUAAUUUUUCUAACUUUUUAUGGACAAUCUAUUCAUAUCACAUAAAGAAAUGCGUUGAAGCAUUUUGUAUAUGCUUUAAUUUAGUGCCCUUGCCUUUUUCAUCACAAGAAUUUCCAACUCAUUCAUUCGAACCUUGGUCUCACAUUCUCACUGUGAUAAUGAAUACUUGAAAUCGUUUUGUAAAGUUGCCAUUUAGCUCAGUAUUUAACAAGUGAAGGGGAAGUUACUCUAGAACAUAGUCGUUAUUGGCCUUUCCUCAUAUAAUUUCUUAAAGGAGCAGAACCUGAAUGUCAGUGCUACAGCGAGUCUACCACCGUCCAAAUCUGACAUCAGAAGUCCGCUCAAUGCUAAUUAGCUUCAUUAUUUCAGAGAUCUAUGGCUGUCCAGUCUGACUUAUACAGAUGUAUUGGGUUUUCCCCCCUUCAUUUCUAUCUUUAGUGAAAAAAUGAAGAGCAAUACCUUGCACUCUCAUUUGUCGCAAAGACAGGCUGGUGUGAAGUUACCAUGUACACAGCAAGCGAGCUGGGUGGGCUCAGAGAGUGCCUCCUGUAAAACAGCAAAAUGACACUUGCCGUUUAUUUUUUUUCACAGGUAAAAAUUUAAUGGACAAAAACGAACUUCUUAUACAGGUUUUUAUUAGGCUAUGGUCAGCAACUGUAUCAUGCCUCUGCCUUUUUCUGUGAUGCGUAAAGAUGCCUCUGAGUUUGAAGUUCAGGGCUGUGAACAACCAGUGUGCUAUUUGAAGUGUGAUGUGAUCGUUAAGGUUAUCUGUUCAAUGUGUUGUGUAGAAAACCCAGACCACUGAAUGAUUUUUAAAAUUUGGAAAUAAUGGUCAGCUAUUUUACCUAUAUAUAACAUAUACAUUAUAUAAUGUAUACAUUGUGUAUAUAUAUUAUAUAAUAUGUAUUGAAUUUUUUUACAUUUCUGUAAGGAAAUGCACUUUUGUUUAAUGAUUAGGGGGAAAAAACAGUUCUCCUCUAGAUGCAUUAAUAUAUACAAAUUUCCAAAUCAACCCCAGUUAAUACGUUCCUUUAGGAUUCUUGGGUGGUAUACUUUCUUCCUGAAAAGUAUUCAGAGAUGCAGCUCAUCAUCGAACUAAGUCGUCCGUAUUUUAUAUUGCUGCUUGCUGUUCACAUAGAAGUCCUCACACUUGAAGGGUUCGGUCCGGUUGUCUUUGUCCGGUGGCAGGCACCUGGCUGCUGCCUGUUCUCCGCCACCAGGGCUGUCACAUGGAAUGCCCGCGGGAGGGCUGGCGGAGGGGGAAAUGCAGGCGGUGAGUGGUACGCGCACACUGUUGUAAAUCUUUUCACAAUAAAACAAAACUCUCAAGUUGCUGUAUUUUAAGAGUGGAAAUCCAUAGAUACUUUUAAAUUCCAGGAUUUCAUAUCCAGAACACAAAUUCAUGUUCUUUGUCCAUAGGAUAGGAAAUUGGUGGCAAAAUGUAUCACAUUCAUUUAAUAUCUUCGAUAACUUUUAAACCGCCUAUAUCUAUGUCACAUUAUUGGCUUCUCCGAGCAACAUGGGUCCAAGCACAGUGUUGAGGUGAGGUCCUGUGACUUAGUGUUCCCACACAUUGUAAGUUUUAAGAGGAAUUUCAUUUCCACGUUCUCGGUGUGCCUUCGUCUGUGAACAGCUUUGGGAUCCUUGUAGCAGCACAAACAGCUUCUCCACAAAUUAUUUCAACCAUCUUGGCAAAAUAGAGGUGAUUUUUACAUCAUAUGUAUUUUUAGCUCUAUCAUAUGGGAUAAAGUGCAUAUUAUUUAGAAAACAGUCUCUAUGUAAAGGAGUUGUUUCUCUUAUGAAUGGUACUCAUCAGAAACUAUUAAAUACACACUAGUUCCCUACUAAUAUGAAAUAAGUGAUGCAGUUUAGUUCAUUUCAGCCGAGAAGCCAGAGUUGAAGAGAAUACAUUUAGAAAAUUCAUUGUAUCUCAGUAAAGCCACUGAACUUGGAACUCGAGUGCCAUCUGAGUCCGCAGGAACCACAGAGAUCUCGGGGCAGGCAGGCCCAGCGGCCCAGGAUUCUCCCGCAGCCGUGAGUACGGCUAAGAUGAUUAGCUUUGCUGAAGAGAAAGUGGUUUAAAGUGAUGUUGAACGAUUGCUAAUAGUCACAGUACACGCACACACGUGUUUAUGCUUUCGGGAAAGAUGAUGUUCCUGUUUGGACAUUAACGACCGGAGGAUUCCUUGUGGGCAGGCGAGUAUCCGCAUUCAGGGCAUGACUGUUUAUAUACAAGCAGAUACACAUACAUUUUUCACUUUCAAAUGUAAAAAUACCCAGAGUUGAUGUCUCUGGUUAAGUAAAAUUUAACCCUAAUUACUGGAAUAUAUGUGACGUGCUAUCAGUGGAAUUUCACCUUUAUUACAGCCAUGCCUUGGUUGUGCAUUCUCAAUUUCUAUUUGAUGCUUCGGGAAUAUCGAACAUCCAGUACAUCAGGGCUUGAUUUACUCUUGCCAACUCUCACUAUACAAUUGCUGAGCAUAGCUUACUAAAAGUCGUUAUUAUAAACCCAAUAUGACUACUGCAAAAGUAGCUCGAACCUAAAUUCCGUAAUUUAGCAAAAUCUACUUAUAAUUGCUGACGACACAUUUUACUUAAAAGAGCAAAUUGGUAAUUAAUACAAGUUUAGAAAAUACAAACUAGCAGUAAAAUACAAUGUGGUAUUAUAGAUUAUGGCCAGAAACUAGUUGUUUUGACCAUAAUAUCCUAAUUACAAUAAACAACGAUCUUUACUUUAACGUUUUAUUAAAUUGGUACUUAUUUUUAUGUAUAACAAGUGUCAUGAUCAUGAUUGGAGUUGAUUUUCAAGAUGGAUAGCCAUGGAAUUAGGUAUAAUUAUUUUGAAUUGGUAAACACUGAGCAUAAAAGUUUGAAAAUUGAUCAAAAUAAUGACCUGCUUAACAUUGUACCUUUACAACUUCUGAAAAAAUAUUCAAUUUUUCCAGAAAUCACAGGCUAGAGAGCCAAUAAUUUUUUAAUAAUAAACCUUUAUACUAAAUAUGGAAAAGGCAAUCCUGAAAUUUUGUGUAUAUAGAUAGCAGGUCAUUUUUUAAAUGUUUAUGUCUAUAUAUAUAUGUAGUAUAUAUACAGCUAUGUAUAGAACAUGUAAAAUUCUCCCAAAAUACAUGAAUAAUAAAACUAAAUAUAUUUCACCCAUGUAAUUAUAACUAAUAUUCUUAAAUUUUUGAUUACUUCCAAAUUCUUAAGCAUUCAGGAACUUCUUUCACUUUGUUUGAAAGGGCUUACCUUGAGUCAGGUACUAAUCGCCUUUUUGAAAAAUAAAUGAAGUAUUAAGCCCAUGAGGUUAACAUCAUAACUUAAUUUCCUUAAGGAAAAAGGAAAGUGCUAGACGGAAACCUCUUGGAAAAUUCUUAUUUAAACCUUCUAAUGAAUUUUUUAUAUGGUUCAGGCUUAGAGAUUAUGGUACCUGCCCUCCUCUUGUUCCAAAGGAUGUGCUGAGAGCAUUCAUGUAGUAACAUUUAUAAUGUAUUUUGAGUUCUUAGGACAGAUUCACUAUUUUAAUGAUAACAUUAUUGUAUAUAGUACAAGUGAAAAUUAUUCACAAACUUAAGAAUGAAUUCCAUUGACUAAUAAUUCAGCAUCAUAUCCGUUUUUAUGUAGAUAGAUAUUGUAUAGCUGAGGAAGAUAACAGUUAUGUAAUUUUUUAAGGUAAGAUUAUUUUUUAAAUAAUUUUUCGUUAGCUUCAAGUUUUAUUCAUUUUUAAAAUAUUUCCCAUAAUCUGUCAUGUUACUUUCUGUGUUCCUGGAAUGAUUUAGUGCACAGAAUAAAAAAUGAGUCUUUAAUCGCCAAAAAGUGAAGGAAAUGAUGAUAUCAAAUGUCCAAGGUAAGAAUUUAAAAGCAUGGUUUUCACUUCUGCAGUAUACUCCACUACCUUCUUUAAAAGUUGCUCUUUUGGUAAAAAUGACUGAGAUCCUAAUUCUGACUCCUGACCUUUAGCAAAAUUUUUAUGUUCCUUUACUUUUAAUAUUCCAUUUGUUAAAUGAGGCUAACUUAAUGUUUGUCUUCAGCUUAAAUUACAAAACAUAAUCUGUAGUUCUGAUAUGGUAAAUGCUAGACUAGGAAGUCUACUUGGUCUGUCUGUUAUAUGUAUGCGCUUGCAUUGAGGUUACUUACCUCUUCAUUCUGUUAAAGUGCCCCUCUUCCAGAGCUAACAGAACCUGGUGCACGCCAUCCUGGAAUCCCGUCUCCAGCUUUAGAACAGCUCUGAGCCGGAAGAGGGUCUGUUCCGCUCUCAGUGGCCCAGGGCAGGAGGUCCAUGUUAGUUUAGAAUCCCUUUUCAAGUUAAAACGCUUAGCAAGUCCUUGCUGCCAACCAGACCACUCACAAAUCAAUUAAGCAAGCAGUCCAGUGCUCUCCUACAUCACAAGGCACACUGAUCUUUGCCCCUUAGAGCUGCUCUACCCUGUUCUUACGCCUAAAACUUGUCGCCGAAGCCCAUGUUGUUUACCUGGUGGUAUUAAGUCUAAAGGGGGUCUGUUUCUCAGGUGAUUGGUGGACCUCUAACCUGACCGAAUGCAUUUCAGUGGCCCUCUCUGAUGCCUCGCAGCCAUUGGCUGGCUGGCGGUGCAGCGUUAUAAUGGUAACUGACCUCCACACACCAAAGUCCGUCUGUCAGAAGCGAAGAUUCUCUCUCUUUUUUUUUACUACUAGCUUUUACUAUUUUCUAAUCUUCAGCACAAACUAAAUGAACACAUCUACAGUGAACGUAAAUGGUGCUUAUAACUUGGGAGAUGCAAGACUCCAUGCUUGUAAGCCUGUGUUGGGUCCCACUGAACAGGCUACCAUAGAGCAGAAGCCCACAGCUCUGCUUUUAAAAGUCGGAAAUUGAGGUCCGUAUUGUACUUCAGCAAUAGCAAGCCAGGGGAGAGACAUAAAUCUGACAGGCCAUGCCUGAAAUUUGCUUUUCCUCACAUCAGUCAAGGUGGCCUGGGAGCGUGGAGGGAGGGGAAACGCGUAGCAUGAAAAACCUCUCGGCCGUCAGGAUGUGGUUUCCCUCUUAUCCUUAAAUAGGAGAGAUGGGCAGGGGUAUUAGUCACGUUGCCUGGAGCACCCAGAGCUUGUUCUGGAAACAUGGUCCAAAUGAGAAAUGGCCUUCGAGCUUCCAGACAGAACCAGACUCAAGAGCUCAUCUCCGUCUGCCCUUGAAAUGCAAGAUGGAUGGUGCUCUUGGCUGUGUGCUGUCUUUAAAGAAGAACUGGCUCCUGCCUGUUCGGUAACGUUGGUUGUUAAGGAAGUGGUGCCUCGGGUUUUGUGUAGACGAGUGAGCGCGAAGGGGUUGGCGCCAGCGUCCUUUCCUACUUGUCCGUCAGGGCCCAUGAUGAGUGUUUGUUGUGAAAACGCUGCUGUGGGGGGUUGCCCAUUGCAUUUUGGUUCACCUUUUUUUUGAACACAGAUGCAUGCUCUUUUUAACCUCUAGUCUGUGAAGUGAUUGUAGGACUUCUUUUUUUUUUUUUUUAACGGAGGACAAAAUCUUGUUGGCAACCUAAAAAUCAAAGCU